AUCCGAGUUUUAUUUGAUUAGCAAAAAUUUGAUUGUCGCUCAAACAAAGUGCUCCUCGAUGACACGCGUCGUCUCCUGUAUUAAUUGCUCCUGUUGCGAACGAAGGUGAAUUUCUUCAGCCGUAAAUAAGUGUGUACUCGAAAGACUAAUGUUUUCUGUGCCGCUUGAAAACGAAAGUGAAAGUGAAAUUUCAACAGGUAUAUGAGAGAGAGAGAGAGAGGAGAAGAGGGGGGAGGUUGCUGGUUAUAUCUGGGAACCUUUUUGGGAAAUUAAGUAGGUCCUUGCUCGGGGGAGAAAGCGCGCAAAAGGAAAAGUGGUAUGUGCUGCCCUACUCCUCGGGCUUCUCUUGGUAAUUCUCAACCGGUGGAAGGGUGCCUGCUGUACAUUACUGUCACAUUUUCUGUUUGGUCGAACAGCAGCAGCCUUGACCCAAUUUCUAAAUUCUGUUCAUCGUCCGCUGCUGCUGUGCCUGGUCGUCCAAAGAGCCGACACGAGGCGGCCUUUUGUGUUUGGGGUUUUCUUUAGACUUUCCCUCUCAUUUCUUUAAGCAAAAAGAUGUUGCUAGUUUAGUUUACAUCGCACUCCAUCGCCUGUAAAAUUCGAUUUUUUUAAAAUAAGAUAAAUGACAUUUUCAAUACGUGUAAUCUGGAAUCACGAAAUUGCGUAGUUCGAAUUGCUGCUAUGGAAUUCGGUUGGAAUAGUACUAGUGAAAGUAAGAGAAUUGUCAGCCAUCUUCAAACAUCUAUUGACAUUUUAUACGGAGAAACUCGGUAACAUGAGUAGCAUACUCUGAACACGUAAUGUAAAACGGUUCAUGUUUUAAUAGUAAUGGAAUGUUUAGCAGUAAGUGUGUACGUGUUUGAAGAAAGUGGUUAAGAAAUAACGCAGUUUAUCGGUGUGAAGGUAACUGAAAUUCAAUUGCGUCAUUCGUUCUUGCAGAGAAAACCAAAAUACCAGUUUUUCAGGUCACUAUGACUAAGCAAAUUAACAAAAAGCACGUGACGCAACUCCUUGGUUGGUGACUGGCUACUUCUUAAACGUCUGCUAUAUACGUAGAAAUCGUCUCAGUCGAAUAAAUUCACAUCUAAUAAAAUGUCCUAUAUAGUGAUAAAUCCAUUUUCGGAUGAUUAUUUAAUUUACCUUUUUAUAAUAGCAAUAUCUUUUAUCUAAAAAAGAAUUGUCUUCGCGAUUUUAGAUACACUUUUCUCUCAGAAGCAAAUUGUAAAAGUUUAUUGUACUUGACACACACAAAAAAAAAGGUUCAUAAUAGGGAAUGAAUUGUAUAUAACAUGACAUUCUACGAUUGAAUUGCCAUGGGCGGGAGUUUCAGUUUCAUUCUUCUUGCAAAGAAGAAAGUUCCAAACUGGUUCUCACAAAUGACAUUUGACUCACUUUCCCGUGUCUGUUGAUCUCGUGAUGUCCUUUUGAUGAAUGAUAUGGGCUAAAUCAGGCGUGUAUAUUUUGAGUAGCUCCCACCGAAAUUAUUAUCUUGACAAGGUGUAUCCAUCUCGAGCGAAUGACACGAAAUCCUUUUUAGUUCACACACUCCAAACCAACUACAGUGGAUCCUGUCUAGAAAAGACGAGCGCCUAUCCAGAUGCUUUUGGGUGCGAUGCUCUGCCGACGAAAGAAGAUUUUUUAGCUUCGUCACCCUCCGAAAUCAAGGCCCAAGUGAUAUUAAAAAGCGACUUACUAAAAUUCAGCUCUAUGCUCAUAAACGCCUUGACAAUCCUGGACAUUGUACUCAGCCGGCGCACUAAACCUUGGAGAUUUCUACUGCGCGUUUUGUACCGCGUAGGCCGGUCGAACCUUAAAUGGGGAUUACUUUGGGCGGCUUUUCAGCUUUGGUCCCAUUUUGAAGGUGACAAGGCGACCGACAUCAUUGAAAUUGACAUUGAGAAGUUGCCAUUUGCCACAGCCGUCAGUCAGAUGCAACAGAUAUGGAUCGCCCUUCAGUCCUACCCGAUGCUGUUGGCAUUGACCUUUUUCAUUUACAACCUUGCCGUGAGCUGGAUCGUCCAUCUACUGAAACGCCGGAAUGAUAACCACAACGUCAUGACCGCCAACGAGACUGAUGUUCGUCAAGUGACCACUAACGUUACCAAUGGCGCCACAAAUGUCCGACGACGAAUAUUAUCUCGAUGGUCGCUACUGAUCGACUGUCUUUUUCGACCCCUGUCCUUCGACACGGCUCACAGUUUAAUGGAUUUUGAACUUGACGAAAAUGUUGAGCAAUUAAUUGAACGCCUUGCAUUGCCUAAUUUGUGGCUGACACCGACCGUGCCAACGGAUUACCUGAAAUACCUCCCUGUUUGGCGUUUUGAAGGCUGCAUUGCUGGAGAGUCUCUUCGGCUGGAUUAUUCAUCUGCCCAGUCUUACGCCGAUGCAGCAGCAGAUAAUUGUCAUUCCGUUGCAAAUAGACUGUGGAAUGAUGACCAACCCCCGUCGACCAUGAAGUGGAUUCCGAGUGCGGAUUGCGCCAUUUGCUUGGACAAAUACCGCGUCACUGUUGACGUGUGCGGUCUACCGUGCGGUCACCAGUUUCAUCAUAAUUGUAUUAUGGUCUGGCUGCAGCGAGACAAUCAUCAUUGUCCGAUUUGCAGAUGGCCGGCUUAUCAAAACAAACACCUUUCUAUUUGAUGUGAUCUCAUUGUGUGUUUAUAAAUUUUCCAUCUUCAUUUUAACUUUAACGGUUCGGAUUUCUAUUUUGACUUAUUAGUUGUGUGUCUUUUCGGAUAUUUUAACUUAACCAAUCAUUUAGUUCAGACACUACGGAGGUCUUAUUUUAAUUAAUUAUUGAUUUCUUCAAUUCAUCGAUGUCAAAAUAUUUAUCAAAGUCAAAUGCCACCGCAAGAGAUUCUUGAGAAGCGAUUUUUUUUUUCGGGCAGGUACUUCUGUCUGUGAUAAUGAGCACUGGACGAAUAAAAUUUUAAGUAUAUUGCGUAACAACUUUUGAAUUUUUUGACUUCAUAAGCAAUUGGUUUGCUUCUGCUUAAAAGUCAGAAUCCGAGAUACAUUCUCACAUUCUUUCUAAUAAUUUUAUCUAUGUAUAAAGCGAAUAUCUGUGACUGUAAUUGAUUCUUUUUUUUUAAAUAAACGAACCUUUUUAUCAUGCA